AUGUCGGCCGCCGUGGAGCAGCGCCUCGCCCGCUUUCGGGCCGCUCGCGGCACCACCACCGCUACCGCCGCCCGCCUCCCGCCGCUCUCCGAGGAGCCGCCGGGAAAGGCCGCGGCUCCGGAGGCCUCAGAGGGCCCGGAUCGCGGCGGCCAGCCCCGUCCCGUCCCGGCGGCGACGGAGCCGGCGAGGCCGCUGCUGGUGCUGGCGCUGAAGCUGCUGCUGUGGGCCGUGCUGCUGGCGCUGUUCGCCGAGCUGGAGCUGGGGCUGCCGUUCUUCGUCGUCUCCCUCUUCUACUGGAUGUACGCCGGCACCCGCGGCCCCGGCGAGCGGCGGCCGGGCGAGCUGAGCGCCUACUCAGUGUUCAACCCCGGCUGCGCCGCCAUCGCCGGGACGCUGACGGCCGAGCAGCUGGAGCGGGAGCUGCACUACCGGCCGGCCGCCGGGAGGUAGCGCCUGGCCGCCGGGCACGGCCCCCUCACCUCCGCACCGACCUGCUGCGGGGCGAGGAGAGAAGGGAGCCGGCCCCGGGCGCGGCUCGGACUCGAAUAAAGCCGUAGCAAAGCGUAGCUCUGGUCUCCUUUCCUCGGGGGUGGCCCCGGGCCCGGCUGGCAGGCACCGAAGCGGCAGGCAGCUGGUCUGAGCGGUGCUGGAAGGGCUCUGAGGGGCACGACCCUCACACAGCUGGCCGUCAGCUUGGCAGCUGGUCAGUUUCUGCACCUGGUAGCCUUAACAGUGGUGGCAGGAAGGCUGCUGUUUGACAACAGCUUUAAUAAAGUGAUUAACUGCUCUUCUUUCCCAGCUCUGUCUAGAACCCAGUUGUUGAAGACGUGAGGCAGUAUCAGUACAACUGAGGCUGGUGCUUCUGUUCACACUCAUGUGUUUCAUCUAAUUGUCUGAUUUUGAUGCAAGUUCACAUAAGUGACAGCUUUUAUCAUCUGCAUUGUAAGGCAAAAGGUUUGAUUAUUAUUCCUGACAGCUGAUGUUUUUUUAUUCAUCAUUUUUUAAAUUUAGGGUCAGUGUGCAGCAGAGGUGGAAAUGCAAGAAGCCCUCAGAUAGAAAGGGAUUUGCCCUGUCAUUGGAUUCAUUUUUUUUUUUUUCCUCUUUACCAUAGCACAGCUGGUGAUGCCUCUUACAAUCACUCCAUACAUUGUCAGGUAUACAGUUCAUGUGUGAUCCACUGGCAUUUAUAAGUAACAGGAACAAACCAUGAUUGAAACAAAUCAUUUAUAUUGCCAUAGUGAAGAGCAGCUAAAGGAGCUUACACCUGUGCGUACUGAGUCAAGAACCAAAAUCAGAGCUUGGUCUUUCAAAUCCUGUUUCAUUAUGCCUUUUGUAUUUUAGCAGUGAUUUACAGUGUUGAGGAUUGAGUUAUCACAGGUUUUGUCAUUUGUUAAGGAAACAAAAGGAAGCAUUUGUCAAGUUUAAUUGGACCAGAGAGUAAUGGAUUAAAGUACAAACGUGUUUAACAGUGCCAGGUAUCUUUCAAUAGCUCUCCGCAGUACUGGAAGCAGUAGCUUCUACUAGCUUCUAGUACUGGUCUGUUGUAUAAAUUCCAAACGCUGCUUUUUAAAGCUAAGCACAGAAUUUUCUCACUUUCACAUCUUCUACCAUCCUCUAGCUGAGAUGUAAAAACUCACAGAGUUUUCACUCCUUCUGAUUCCUUCUGACUGUACAGAUAAUGUGCUCUGUUUUGUUUUUAAUUAAUACAACUUCUGCAGGUUAAGAGCAGUUGUUGUACUGGACACGGUGGUACAAGUAAAACCUUUGCUUCCAUGAA